UAUAUAUAUAUAUAUAUAUCCAUUAGCUGCAGUUUGUGUUCCCCUCCUCUUCCUCUCUCUCUCUGUGUCUCUGCCUGAUGCUGCCUCUCUACCUCUCCUUCCGUGUCUGCUGCUGUUUCUGUAUCUCUCUCUCGCCCUCUUACUGUGAGCUGGUGAUUAUUGUCAUUUUUCACCCUCGCUCACUCUCUCUCUCUCUCUCUCUCUCUCUCUCUCUAUUGCUCAGCUACUGACAAGCGGUUGCCUGCGGGGGAGGUUUUCAUCAGCUCAGUCUAUUGUCAAGGAAGGAAAUUGCAAAUAUAAGGACAGCAGCAGUCAAGAGACCAGCACCAACGUCUUCUUGGACCAACAGCAACGUCUUGGCGGAACCUCAGCUGGUCAGACUGAAAGAGGAAACAAAUCUGUUUUAUAAUUUCAUUAAAUAUUGAAACUGGGGGGGGGAGGAAUAAGGCUGCUUUCCCAGGGAUUUAUUUCAUGGGGAUGUGUUCAAGGCAAGAGAGGAUUCAGAAGGAUAUUGACAUUGUAAUUCAAAAGUGCAAGGCGGAAAAGGACUGCCUAUUUUCAGAUUUCAGAUACACGGACUCCACAUUUACAUUUACCUUCCUGGGUGGCUCUAAAAGUGUGGCCUAUUCUGUACAUGUCUCUGAAGAUUACCCAGAUAACACUUAUGUUUCAAGCUCAGAAAAUGAUGAAGAUGUGCUAGUGACAACAGAACCAAUUCCUGUUAUUUUUCACAGAAUUACAGAGUUAAGAAAAUCGAAUGAUGUCACCAAUUGUUUAUCCAUAAAAUCUAAACUACAGAAAGAAAAUGGAGAGGAAUCCAGACACAGUAGUGCAGUGGAAGAGGAUUCUGAAGGAGACAAUGACUCGGAAGAGUUUUACUAUGGAGGCCAGGUGAGUUAUGAUGGGGAACUUCAUAAACACCCACAGCUGGAGGCUGACUUGGCAGCAGUGAGAGAAAUCUAUGGGCCCAAUGCUGUAUCUCUCAGGGAAUACGGAGCAAUUGAUGAUGUAGAUAUUGAUCUGCAUAUCGAUGUUAGCUUCCUUGAUGAAGAGAUUGCCGUUGCUUGGGAUGUGAUCCGUACAGAGCCUAUUGUGGUGCGUCUGCAUUGUUCUUUAACACAGUACUUAAAUGGCCCAGUGCCAACUGUUGAUGUGUUUCAGAUUUCCACCAAGGAAAAAUUUGGUUUGGGACAUCAACUGAAAAAAAUCAUGCAGACAUUUGUGACACAGCAAUGGAAACAGAGCAAAGAAAAAUCAAACUGUUCGCACAAGAAAGUGUCAGAUAAGAAGGUCAAGUCCCCUCUGCACAUUUUUUCUACAUUGCGCAGGUCGCCCAGCUAUCCUCCUCCUGGUUGUGGGAAAAGUAAAGUUAAACUCAAGUCUGAGCAAGAUGGACUUUCCAAAACUCACAAGUUGUUGAGAAGGACUUGUUCUAGCACAGUAAAGGCUGAAGACAUGUGCAACACAAAAUCUCAUAGAAACUUUGGCCGCUCAUUGUCUAGCGAUCCUAGGGCUGAACAAACAAUGAGUUUAAAGUCACACAAACUUUUGAAUCGUCAAUGCUCGACAGCCAUUAAGCAAGAGGAUUGCAUUUCUCUAAAGCAACAUAAACUGCUAGCACGUUCUUGUUCUGGAGAUCCCAGAUGUGAGCACAACAGCACCUUGAAGCCCCAUAAACUCUUAAGCAGGUCUUAUUCAAGCACUCUUCGUAUGGAAGAAUUAGAUGGACUAAAAAACCAUAAGUUACUCAGCAAAACGUAUUCCAGUGUCCCCAAAUCAUCCAAAAUGGACCUUUUGAAAGAACCUAUUGCAGAGGGCAGGAGGCUCUCUCUCACCUCAGGGCUGAUUGGUAUCUUAACGCCAGCUACAUCUUCACAACCUGCUCCAAACAAUGGUGCAAAAAAUGUCCCAGUACGAGGUCAUGGGUUCCUUGUCCAGACCAUAGAAUUUGCUGAGCAAAGAAUACCUGUGCUAAAUGAAUACUGUGUGGUUUGUGAUGAACCCCACGUCUUUCAAAAUGGACCAAUGCUGAGGCCCACUGUGUGUGAAAGGGAGCUGUGUGUAUUUGCAUUUCAGACUCUAGGCGUAAUGAAUGAAGCUGCAGAUGAAAUUGCAACUGGCGCUCAGGUCGUAGAUCUCCUUGUGUCAAUGUGUCGGUCUGCUUUGGAGUCUCCUAGGAAAGUUGUUAUUUUUGAGCCAUAUCCUUCGGUGGUUGACCCCAAUGAUCCUCAGACCCUGGCCUUUAAUCCAAGAAAGAAGAAUUAUGAUAGAGUUAUGAAAGCACUGGAUAGUAUUACUUCCAUCAGAGAAAUGACUCAAGCACCUUAUUUGGAAAUUAAGAAGCAGAUGGACAAGCAAGACCCUUUAGCCCAUCCUUUGCUGCAAUGGGUAAUUUCAAGUAAUAGAUCACAUAUUGUGAAAUUACCAGUAAACAGACAACUUAAAUUUAUGCACACCCCUCACCAAUUCCUCCUUCUCAGCAGUCCACCAGCCAAAGAAUCCAAUUUCAGAGCUGCUAAAAAACUCUUUGGGAGCACAUUUGCAUUUCAUGGCUCGCACAUUGAAAACUGGCAUUCCAUUCUGAGAAAUGGUUUAGUUGUUGCUUCCAAUACAAGACUACAGCUCCAUGGUGCCAUGUAUGGAAGUGGAAUAUAUCUUAGUCCUCUAUCAAGCAUAUCGUUUGGUUACUCAGGGAUGAAUAAGAAGCAACAGAAAGUAUCAGCCAAGGAUGAUCCUCCAUCAGGAAGCAAAAGCAGUAGUGCAGUACAGUCACAGAAAAAAGGACAACAAUCCCAAUUUUUGCAAAGCCGUAACUUGAAAUGUAUAGCCUUAUGUGAAGUAAUUACUUCUCCAGAACUGCACAAACACGGGGAGAUCUGGGUUGUUCCCAAUACUGAUCACGUCUGUACUCGGUUCUUUUUUGUAUAUGAAGAUGGUCAAGUAGGUGAUACAAGUAUAAAUACACAGGAGCCAAGCAUACAUAAAGAAAUCCUUCGAGUCAUCGGCAACCAGACAGCUACUGGUUAAUUGUAGCUUAGCCGUAAUGUGGGGCUUUCAUUAUUAACAGUUUCAAAGCUGGACUUUGUACUGAAAAGAAAUAACAAAGCAUUAGAUAUUAUUUAUUAUAUAAAAGGGUGAUCACAUUUAAAGCAAUUCUUUUAUUCAGAUUUGAAGUGUUUCACCUGAACAUUGGUGCAACAGAAUUAGUAAGCACUGAUCUGAUUUAAAAAAGAGUGACAGCAAGGUUUAAAUAAAAAAGCAAGACAUUUCUGAAUUAGACCCUACUGCUACAACUUUAUACUUAAAUCAUUUUAUCUUUUAACAGUUUACCUUGCAAUAAACAAGAUAAGUGUUUUACGAACUUUUCAUUUUAAGGAUAAUUGGAAUAUAAAAUCAUUAUUGUAUUGUGUGCUGUAUUUAUCUGAAAGUUAGAUAAUAAUGUUCAACAUGGCUUUUAGAAUUUUCUAACUGUGUAUCCAUUUUUGUUAUUCAAUGAUGAUUAUCAUACUUUUAAAAAAUGAAAUGAAAGAAAGGAAAAGAAAGUUGAUUCUCACAGUACUAAACAUUGAAUAUUUGAAUCAUAUACCCGAUUAGUUAUUGUCAUUUUUCUUAAACCUAAUUUUAUUGAGUUACUGAAUCCAGUAACAGGACGGCACUUUUCAAACUUUCUUUUCUACCUACUGUUGUUGGGUUGUCUGUUACUCGUUAAACUUUAGAAUGAUUGAUGGUUUGCAACAGUGAAUGCAGUGACAAGCAAUUGGUGUAUUUAUAUGUUUUAAACAUAAUUGAAACAAGGUAAAUUAAAGAGGUAAUUUAUCUUCUAAAAGUUAGCUGUUCAGAUGAAUUAAGGACUCCAAAAAACAUUUUUUCUUACUAACAGAAUAUGGAUCAAGGCAGUUUUUGCAAAGUCUGCUAUGUGAUGCAAAUUCCUAAAAUCCCACAAUGGCAUCCUCAUUACCAUAUCCAAGGAAGGGUAAAUAUUGCCAGAGAUAAAUAACAUUUGGGGAAAAUAGAUAAGUUUGUAUUAUACACUUCAACAGCAAUCACUGGGAAGGGAAAAUGAACAACUGACACCCAACACAAGGUGACGGUCUUUAAUUUGAGAUGUUUAAUGAAUAUGCAUUUAGCAUCUAAUGCAUCUAAACAUGUUUCUGGAAAUUUAAACUUUAGAAUAACAGAGACAUAUUAAAAUACUUAUUAAAAUGUGACUUCUGGAGAGAUGAAAACCAAGUUGCAAAAGUUAGGUCAGGCAUUUCCUUGUGGGGUGCCAGACUGGACACAUGAAUUUGACUCUGUCACUAAAUAGUUUUAAUCACGAAUAUUAAUAUGUCUAUAUUACCUCCAAAAUACAUGGAUGAUCCCAUAUAGAGGUAAUAAACCAUAUAGAAAUUUUCCUAUUAAUAAGAAAUAAAUUGGACAUUUUACAGCUAAAUGCAAAUUAUAAGUGUAAUACGAAAUUUAGCCACAAGAUGUCGCCAAAUUCAAAUCUAUUUUGCAAUAAAAUGCUAGAAAAAAAUGUAUCGAGCAAAAAAAAAUUGUUUGUAGUGGGGCCUGUCACAGUGCCUGAAUUACAGACGAAGGAAUCUUUGUACCUGCUCUAUCUUGGAUCCAAGGCCCAUUAAUGAGGUUCCUGUUGUUAAUCUGCCUCUUUCGGUGCUCUCGUCAGUAGCUCCAUUCCGCGUUGCCUUACUGACUAUAUAGUUUAAGUGUUAAGGCAGAACCUGAUGUGUGAAGCAGUGUGAAGUAGUGCUGCUUUAAUUAGAUUCA